AUGUAUGAGAGCGGAAUAAUUAUCGGCAAAUGUGAGACACAUAACAAUAAACGCGUGGAUGUAUUUGUGGGCAUUCCUUACGCCGAACCACCCGUCGGGCGAUUCAGAUUCAAGAGACCGGUGCCCGCCUUGAAGUGGUCACAGCCUUUGAAUGCGACCAAAUGGCCGAACCCUUGCUAUCAAUUACCUCUUCUCAUCACAUCCAUGACAAACACCAAUUUCAGCGAAGAUUGUCUUUAUUUAAAUAUAUGGUCACCAAAUAGUUCCCAAUCGGAUGACAAUCUGAAAGCAGUGAUGUUUUUCAUACACUCCGGAAGUUUUCUUUACGGAACCGCAAGUGACCGACACAUUGACGGCAUUGCUUUGUCCGCAACGGGAGAUGUGGUCGUCGUUACCAUUAAUUAUAGAUUAAAUGCUUUUGGAUUUUUCUAUACGGGAACAGACGAUAGUCCCGGAAAUAUGGGUUUAUUUGAUCAGUCGUUAGCGCUUGAAUGGGUUAACGACAAUAUCCGUUACUUCGGUGGCGACCCGAAUCGGGUCACUGUGUUUGGAGAGAGUUCGGGCGCCUGGGCUACCAGUUUGCACAUAAUAUCGCCAAUCAAUCAAAACCUAUUCAAAAACGCUAUACUUAUGUCCGGCGCAGCACUUAAUUACGGUUUAGUGGUUGAGCCAAACGUUGCGCUCAGAUAUUGGUUAAAACACACGGAAUCUAUCGGUUGUUGCAAUGAUAACGACACUUGUGGUCACAAAUUUACGGCCAAAACCAUUGAAUGCUUAAGAAAUAUAUCGCCAGAAAAGUUGGUGUCACUCGUGAGGACGCCUUUCGAUAUAAAUAAUUCCCUUCAAGUGAUCGAUGAAAAUAAUUUCAACAAAAAUAUUAAUCUUAUGGUCGGAACCAAAAGAGACGAAGGAUCGCCACUUUUGGCCAUUUUUAUAGAUGCCGUGAAAUAUCAUCCCUUUUCUCCCGUAAACAUCACAUUCAACGAGGCUUUCAAUGAAUUGAAACAAUUAUCGUCAAAAUGGGUGUCAAAAGUUGCUAUCAAUGGUGAAGAUGUGGCCAAACUAUACUUUACGGGUCUGUCCGACAGGAAUAGUCAGCAUUUAUUGCGACAAACGAUAGGCAUUGGUUUGGGUGAUCUGUUCAGCACAUGUCCUACCAUUCAAUUUGCAAAGAGUUUUGCAAAUAAAACUCAUAAUAAAGUGUUUCAAUACUUUUAUAAUAUUAAAACGGGCAAAGAGUCACCACAUUGUUCCCAAUGGAUGGAUAUUUGCGACACAUAUGACAACUUCCCUGUAUUUGAUCUCCCGGUGCUGUCAGUGGUAUUCAAUGGCCUCAAUAUUACACAAUAA